AUGUUGUUGCCGCCGCCGCCGCCGCAGGACGGGGACGGUCGCGGCGCCGCUCCGGAUCCGCCCCCCCCCCACCACCCGCGCCUUCCACCGAGGGGGAUGCGGCGUGACGUCAGCACGGAGGAGUGCGAAGUGGUGCGCGUGCGUGUCAAGAAGAGCGAGGGGCUGCUGCCGCCCGAGUUCCGCUCCUUCGCCGUCGACCCGCAGAUCACCUCGCUGGACGUGCUGCAGCACAUCCUGGCCCGCGCCUUCGACCUCCAGGGGAAGAAGAGUUUCUCCAUUAGCUUCGCCUCCCACGACCCCCAGGGCCAGGAAACCUUCGUGCCGCUACUGAGUGAUGGGGACCUGGCGGCUGCCUUCGCCUGCGCCCGGCCCACCCUGCGCCUGCGCCUCGAUGUCCGGCCCCCCGCUGAAAGCCCGCUGCUGGAGGACUGGGACAUCAUCAGCCCUCGGGAGGUGGCAGCGGUGGAGCCCCUCCCUGAGCGCCGCUCGCUCCUGGCCGCGGCGCUGCCCUUCACCCAGGCCCUGCUGGCACAGGUGGGCCGGACACUGGCCCGGGCGCAGGCAGCCCUGGCGUGGCCUGAGGGGUCCCCUCCCUCACCCCCCCCACCGCCACCCCCCUGCGCCCCCCUGAGCGACGCCGACCUCCGCACCUACCUGGGCCCCGGCGGGCGGCUGCUGCGGCCCCACGACCUGCGCCUCCAUGUCUACCACGGCGGCGUCGAGCCCGGCCUGCGCAAGGUGGUCUGGCGGUACCUGCUGAACAUCUUCCCGGCGGGGCUGUCAGGGCAGGAGCGGCUGGCCCACCUGCGGCACAAGGCGGGCGAGUACGCAGCGCUGAAGGCCCUGCUGGCCGCCCGGGCGGCCCCAGCCGAGCUGGCGCUGGUGGGGGCGGCCGUGCGCAAGGAUGUGGUGCGCACUGACCGGGGACACCCCUAUUUCGGGGGCCCCGAGGAGGGGCACCCCCACCUGGCUGCCCUGCAGGCCCUGCUCACCACCUUUGCCCUGGGCCACCCGCGCCUCUCUUACUGCCAGGGCAUGUCGGACGUGGCCGCCCCGCUGCUGGCCGUGCUGGACGACGAGGCCCAGGCCUUCCUCUGCUUCUGCGCCCUCAUGCGCCGCCUCGGCCCCCGCUUCCGCCCCGGCGGCCGGGGGCUGGCCCGCGCCUUCGCCCACCUCCGGCGCCUCCUGCGCCGUGCCGACCCCCCUUACUGGGCCUUCCUGGCUGCGCGUGGCGCCCACGACUUGCUUUUCUGCUACCGUUGGCUGCUGCUGGAGCUCAAGCGGGAGUUUGCCUUUGAGGAUGCCCUGCGGGUGCUGGAGAUCACCUGGAGCUCGCUGCCGCCCGCCCCGCCGCCCCCCCCCAGAUGCAGGGGGAGAGCGAGGCCCCUGCAGAGGCGGCCGGUGGUCGAGGCGGCCACGAGGGCUGCGGGGGAUGGCCAGGAGGAUCCCAGGAGCUCCAGUGAUGUCCAAGAUGGUUCCAAAGCCUCCACGGAUGUCCUGGAGGCUCCUGUGAGUUCCGGCAAUGACCAAGAGAAACCAAAGAGCUGCGUCGAUGUCCAAGAGGCUCCUAAGAUUUCCGGGAACAUCCUGCAGGAUCCCAAGAGUUUUGGGGAUGACCAAGAGGGUCUCCAGAGCUCCAGCAGCAUCCAGGGUGGCUCCAAGAGCUCUGAGGGCGACCGAGAGAAGCCUGAGGUCUUCAGGUACGUCCAAUGUAGUCCUGACGGCUCCUGGAACGACCAAGAGGAUCCCAAGAUCUCCAGGGAUGUCCGCGGUGGUGCCAAGGUCCCUGGGGAUGGCCAGCGUAGCCUUAAGGCUGCCGGGGAGGUCCGAGGCGGUGCUAAGAUCCUCAGGGGUAUCCAAGAGGAUCCUAAAGUCUCCAGUGAUGGUGGCCGAGACCCUGAUGGCCCCAAGGACGUCGGAGAAGACCGCAGUGUGUCUAAGGAGGUUGAUCGAGACCCUGGUGUCCCCAAGAAUGUCAAUGAAGGCGCCAGUGCUCUUAAGGAGAUAGGUGACCAACCAAAAGUCUACAAGGUGGUUUGCGGAGACCCUGGCGUUUCCAAGAAGGCUGGCAAGGAUCCCAACACCGGUGCUGACCCUGACAGCUCCGAGAAGACUUGCGAAGAUCGUAAUAUCUCCAAGAGAGUACGUGAAUACAUCAACGCUCUGGAAAAGGUUGGCGACGACCACGGCGUUUCCAAGAAGAUUGGUGGAGACUCCGACACGCUCAAAGAGGUUGGCGAAGACCCCACGGAUGUCGGCAAAGACCCCGAGGCCCCCAGAGAGAUUGGUGAUGCCCUCAAAGAGGUUGGCAACACCCCUAACUCCCCCAAAGAGGUUGGUGAAGAUCCCAAAGAGGUAUGUGAUGACCCCAGCGCAGGUAGGGACGCUGCUGACGCCCCUGAGGACCCCUGGGGGGGCGGUUGGGCCUGGGAGGACUCGUGCUCCUCUUCCUCCUCCUCCUCCUCGUCCUCCUCCUCAUCCUCGGAGGAGGAGGUGGGUCUGGAGGAUGACGGGGCGCCGCUGCCACCGCCGGAGGAGCUGGGGCAGGGGAACCCCUUCCUCCUCUUCCUCUGCCUGGCCAUGCUGCUGGAGCAGCGGGAGGCCGUCAUGGCGCGGGCGGGGGACUACAACGAGGUGGCCAUGCACUUCGACCGCCUGGUGCGGCGCCACCACCUGCCCCGCGUCCUGCGCCGCGCCAAGGGGCUCUUCGCCCGCUACCUGGAGGGCUGGGGGGGGGCACCCCCGGGGGGGCCUGCCACGGGACCAGUAUGGACCAGGAAGGGUCUGGAGGCCCAGCUGGGAGCCCCACAUACGCAUUGCCUUGGGUCGGAGCGGGAUGGACCAGUACAGCAUCCCAACUGGAAUCACUGCAUUGACAUGGCCUUCAGCCGUCCCAGCAUGGACCAGUAUGGACCAUAUGGACCAGUACAGCAUCUUGCCCGGGACCUCUUCACCCGCGUGGCCUUGCAUUCUCCCAGUAUGGACCAGUAUGGACCGACGCUGGCGACGGCGGUGGCGCAGCUGGUGGUGGCGGAGCCGGGGGGCCCGGGGGGGGCCUGGGCCAAGCGGGGCUGCGGCAUCGCCUGCCUGGUGCGCGACAGCCCCCGCCGCUCCUACUUCAUCCGCCUCUACUGCCUGGCCGCCGGGAGCCUGUGGUGGGAGCAGGAGCUGCACGGGGAGAUGGACUACGCCGCGCCCACCCCCUUCUUCCACACCUUCGCCUCCCAGGGCUGA